AUGGGGUUGCCAAUCCCCAGAUGGGGCAGGAAAAAGGCAUGUGUCCAACAAAAGCGGCGCCAGCCACGCAAGGCCACACAGGAGCUGAACGGGCUUUGCGUUCUGCUUGCAGGUGAUUUUCAGGAGAAGGCGUUCCUCAACCUCACUGACAUCGUCGAAAGCAAGUUAAACCAGAGCGGACAGCUGCGGAGCAAGAGAAGCUACGAAAUCCACCACGCUGACACCGACGUCGAGAGUGCUGCAGUCCACGUUGGGGGGUUCACUGGUUCGGCCACCAGCACUUGCCUGGAUCGAGAUACUCCCAAGUGUAGAGGAAAAGGUGGUACAGACGGAGGCUUGGAGCCUGGGCACAAAAUCUUCAACGCUAACAAUAACAACAAUAAUAUGGCAGAGGAGGAAGAAGAGGACGAUUCUGACCUGCGGACCGAAAUCGCUAUAGUCUUGGAUGGGUCUGGCAGUAUUGAGCCCGAGGACUUUGAACGAGCCAAGGAGUUCAUCUACAACGUGCUGAAGACAUUCUACGCAAAGUGUUUCGAGUGUGCCUUUGCUUUGGUCCAGUAUGGAACUGUCAUCCAGACAGAAUUUGACCUGCAGGACAGCUGGAAUGCCAACACAGCCCUGGCAAAAGUUCAGGCUGUGACCCAAGUGGGCAAUGUGACCCGGACAGCAUCUGCCAUCCAACAUGUCCUAGAUUCCAUUUUCAGUGAAAGCCACGGGUCCCAGAAAAAUGCUGCCAAGAUUAUAGUUGUGUUGACAGAUGGGGAAAUUUUCCUGGACCCUAUGAACUUAACUACAGUGAUUAAUUCAAAGAGAAUGGCAGGAAUUGACCGCUAUGCCAUUGGGGUCGGAAAUGCUUUCAACAAGAUGAAAGCCCUUGACGAGCUGCGCCUGAUUGCUUCGGAUCCGGACGAAACACACCUUUUCCAAGUGACCAACUAUUCUGCCUUAAAUGCCUUGCUGUUAACACUACAACAGAAGAUCAUUGGCAUAGAAGGUACGACUGGAGAUGUCUUGGAAUUCGAGCUGGCCCAAAGCGGUUUCAGUACCCACCUCCUGGAUGAUCGCUAUAUACUGUUUGGGGCUGUUGGAGCCUUUGACUGGUCUGGAGGGAUUCUUCUCUAUGAAAUUGCCAGCAAGACUGCAGUUUUCUUGAAUGAAUCGAAAGAGAUGACAGGUGGAAGAAACAGCUAUUUAGGGUACAGCAUGGCUGCUGUGAGCACAAGGCAGGGGGCCUUGAUAGUGGCCGGGGCACCCCGGCACAGCAUGACGGGAAGAGUGAUGGUGUUUGAAGGAGAUCUGCUAAAGCAAACUCUACACGGGGAACAGAUUGGGUCUUACUUUGGCGCUGAACUCUGCCCCCUGGACAUCGACCAAGAUGGGUUGACAGAUUAUCUACUCGUUGGAGCCCCAUUUUUCCAUGUCUUUGGGGAAGAAGGAAAGGUUUACAUCUAUCGCUUGGAUAUCGAGGCAAACCUCUUUGCUCUGGAGGGGGAUUUAAGCGGCCACCCGGCUGUGGCUUUUGCCAGCUUUGGGUUUGCUAUGGCCAGCAUCGGAGACGUGGACCAGAAUGGCUAUGGGGAUGUUGCAAUUGGCGCCCCCCUCGAGAAUCACAAGGCAGACCCCAACUCUUUUGGCAGCCUUUACAUAUACAACGGCAAGAGGGAUGGCAUCUGGAGUUCCUUCUCCCAGAGGAUAACAGCAGCUCAGGUGGGUCCAGGGCUCAUGCAUUUUGGAAGAUCUGUGGCUGGUGGCCUGGACUUCACAGGGGACGGUCUCCCAGACAUCACCGUGGGAUCACUGGGCAGAGUCACCUUGCUUUGCUCUAGACCGGUUCUUCGAUUGGAUGCCAUUAUGGAAUUUACCCCAGAGAGAAUAUCCAAUUUCUACAACAGCAGCACUGUUGGUGCAAAAUUAUGCUUCCAUAGAACUUUCCCUCUGGAGACAGCCCGGCCAGGAGCACAGAAUCUAAUUAUUCACUUCACUGUGGAUGUGGAUGUUGAGAUGGAAAAGAAGAGGGUGCAGUUUGAGGACCACACGACUACCCUCAGUCGCGAGAUCUCCCUCACUGAGCAUCCGUGUGCUGAACUGCAGUUGCAUGUUCUGCCAUGCAACAAUGACUGCUUCUCCAGCGUCGCUCUCCAACUCAGCUACAGGCUUCACAGCUCCAGUGAAGACCUGAAUGAUCCCAUGCCUAUCCUUGAUAUAUAUCAGAAAUCGGAGAGGCGUUUCCAGUUGCCUUAUAAGGAUGACUGCGAUAACAAGACUGUCUGCACCCCACGUUUGACCUUGGCUGUUCUUACCGAGAAGACGCUGGUGGUAGGUGCCACCAAGGAGCUGACCAUGAGCCUCCACCUGGCAAACACCGGUGACAAUUCCCACCUGACAUCCCUGGUUUUGGAAUACCCAGAUAACCUGAGCUUUAAAAAGGUCCAAGAGCACUCAAACCCUUCUUCAGGUGGGGAGUUGUCAGAGGACAGGCCUUCUUCGGCAACGAUUGACUGUGAUGCCCCCAAGCCAACCAAGCCUCGGUUCUCCUCUCUGAACUGCAAGAUUGGACAUCCCGUGUUCAGGACUACAGCAAAUUUCUCCGUGAUCUGGCAAUUAGAGGAAAGAAAGUUCCCCGGCGAUUCUCCAAGUAUCACUGUUAACCUCAGCAACAUCAACCCGAACAGCAGGGCCCUGAUAGAAGAACAUUUCUUCAACGCGAAAUAUGCUUUCAGCACUUUCCUCAGCAGGUAA